UGAACAUGUAUCUCCAAAAGUAGGUCUGGGUCUAGACUGCACGGAAAGGAAAGGAAACGACCUCCAGAUCACAAUGCGCAAACUACGAAGUGCAUUAAAACAGAAGGACGCAACAAGACGCUGAGACGCUGACCCACACAACACUGAGAGCAGCUGAGAGGGAGGACGACCACAACAUGGCCGACAGCCCAAAUACAGAAGAGACCCCCAGCGGACUGACGGAUCGCAGCGGUAGUUACUUCAAGCUGGUUGACACUUUUGCACUGGAGCUGGAGGAACUAGAGAAGGAAAUGGUCAAGAAAGAAGUGGACCAUGAGACACUGGACAUAACUGGUUUGGACGGAGACAUGAGUGCCGUUCACCUGGAUCCUGAUCACCAUGGCGGCACAGGAGGUGAAAGAGAUUCUGGGUAUGAUUCUCUGAGGCGCAGGAUGAGUGUUUUGGACAGACUGACGCAGACACACACAGUUUGGCUUCUGCUGUGUCUAAGUGAGGAAGAGGCGGGACAUAUCUUGCUGCAACAACCACCAGGGGUGUUUUUGGUGUGCAAGUCUCCUGCUCUGCAGAGGAAAGUGCUCUCAGUGAGAUUAAAAGAGGACCAAUCUGAAAACCCCAUCAGUCACUUUCCGGUCAGAGAGAGCCAGUACACUUUUUCCCUUGAGGGCUCGGCUAUUAGUUUUGCAGACCUGUUUCGCCUGGUAGCUUUCUACUGUAUCAGCAGGGAUGUGUUGCCCUUUACACUCAAACUUCCAGAAGCCAUUGCAUCGGCCAAGACGCAGAAAGAGCUGGAGGAGGUGGCUCAGCUCGGACCAGGCUUUUGGGACUCCGUUCUCUGCAGCCUACGUGGCCCUGCUGCCUCCCCCCGCACCUGUCGCACCUGUCGCCCCGUGAGCCGGACCCUCAGCCCCCCACGUCCCAACAAAUCCAGGGAUCAAGACGCCACAUCCCCUCAAAGAUACAACUACAGCAGUGACAGCGCACCACCAACUUUAAGAUCGCAGAAUUUGUCUUCAUUUCAGGAAAAAAGACAUUCGAGUGGACCAUUAUGUUAUGUUAACCCGCUUUUCCUCCAAACACGACAUCACCAUCGUAGCCAAGAUCGUCAAAGAGAGUCUCACGGUAGUGAAAGGAAUCCUGAGCUGUCCUUCUCGCUGAAUGUAGAUGAGCAAGAGGCCAAGCUGAACAACCAAUCACGUUCCCCGCCUCCUCGCCCCCCUCCUCCCCGGUCCAUGCCCAAACGUCGACCUGCCCCACCCCCUCCUGCACCUGCAACUACCAAAAGCACCACCAGACCCAAAAGCAUGCCCGUUGUUCACUCCAAUGCAACCCCGAGAAAACUGCAACCCUCUACCAAGCGACCUGCGCCAGCCCCCCCUACCUCAACAAACAAAAGUAGCAAAAGCCCAUCUAAAAGUUCAAAAACUCCACCACCGAGACCUAAAAAGCCUGAUUUGGAGUCUCACCGCUGCCACAUAGCUCUAGAUGAUGAAACAAUUGCUAAAGCACUGUCCCGCGCCAAGAUUCCAACCUCUCCACCCACUGCAGACAAACCCUUGGACGACGCAGAAAUGAGUGAAAGAAACCAACAUUUAAGUGACGUGAGCAUGUCGACUUCCUCUUCUGACUCACUUGAAUAUCCCAGAUACACAUUAAGGCAAGAUCUAGCCUCCAGUCCCUCGCAAGAUCAGGAUAUCGUAGAGGACAGCAGCGAUGAGGAUGAGGAGGGAGAGUAUGAAGAGGAAGAAGACUAUGGAGUCGGACUUGAGGCAGAUUUGGAAAUGCGCCUACGCCCUUCUUUCAAAUCUCGUCGACGUAGGAUGGCUGUAAGGUUGAGCGGAGGAUCUUUAAUUUUACCGAGAGCGCUUAAAGGCCGAUUUCGGAAAGUUAGUGGCAUGUUGAGUUCGCUGAUGACUCCUGAGAGGCGAGCUGUGAAGAGGAUCGCAGAACUGUCCCGGGAUAAGAGUUCAUAUUUUGGAUCACUAGUGCAAGAUUAUUUAAGUUUUGUGCAGGAGAAUAAAGCAUGCCACACGUCAGGAAUAGACUUUUUACAAACUCUACGACAGUUUUUGACGCAAAUGAAGGCAUAUUUGAAACAGAGCUCAGAGCUGGAUCCUCCACUUGAGUCGCUCAUACCAGAGGAUCAGAUUGAUCAGGUCCUGGAGAAGGCCAUGCACAAGUGUGUGUUAAAGCCACUGAAGAGCGUCAUCGAUGUGAUUCUGCAUGACUUCCAGGUGAGCAGUGGUGGUUGGCAGCAGCUAAAGGAGAAUCUGGCCCUGGCAAAGUCCAAACGCCCACAGGAGCUGGGCGUGGACGGGGCCGCGGUCCCUCCAGACGCAGUGGUCAUAGAAAAGAUCAGACACAAGUUUGUAAACAUGAGAAAGAUGUACUCGCCUGAGAAAAAGGUCUCCCUGCUGCUGCGGAUAUGCAAACUUAUCUACACGAUCAUGCAGGACAACUCAGGUAGGAUGUUUGGAGCCGAUGACUUCCUGCCUAUGCUGACCUAUGUUAUGGCCCAGUGUGACAUGCCUCAACUGGACACAGACAUUCAGUACAUGAUGGAGCUGCUGGACCCCUCUUUGCUUCAAGGGGAAGGAGGCUACUACCUGACCAGUGCAUACGGAGCCAUGUCUCUGAUUAAAAACUUCCAAGAGGAGCAGGCGGCCCGGGUGCUGAGCUCUGAGACCCGUAACACGCUUCACCAAUGGCACCGGAGACGCACUGCCCAGCGAACGGCGCCCUCUGUGGACGACUUUCAGAACUAUCUCCGUGUGGCUUUCCAAGGAAUAGACACGGGAUGCACAGCCAAAACUCUCGUAGUCCAUCCCUACAACACGACCGAAGAGGUGUGCUCCGUCUGUGCGUACAAGUUCAAGAUCUCAGACCCCGAGAACUAUGCACUGUUUUUGGUUACCGAGGAAACAAGCCAGCAGCUCGCCCCCGAUACACAUCCUCAGAAAAUCAAAUCAGAACUGCACAGUCGACCCUGGACACAUAUUUUCCAUUUUGUCUACAGGAGGAUACCCAAUCUCAACCUGUGUAUCCCGGCGGUUAUUCACAAUGGUAAUGACUUUCAAUAGCAAAAGUUAAAAAAGGCACUUGGUAAGUUUUGGUAUGACGUGUUUUGUAAGUACGUUUUGAAGACAGAUUUUGGUAUGUUUUAGUUUAAAUGUAUACACUUAAUGGCAAAAUUUGGGGGGAAAAAUGAAAUCACUUGCAACUUUUCUAGUGUUGGUCCAUCACCUGCUUGUCUCAGUGGUGAUAUUAUUGCUUAGCCUGGAAUAUUCCACCAUAUGGCAUUAAACUUACCCAUCUAGAAGUUUUUAUUUAAUUACUGUUUUUGUUUUUUAUUGCUCGAGUACUGUAUUAAAAACAGUGGGCACCUCUCCACAGAUCUGACCUGCAACAUGGGCUGUUAAUGCCACCUGCUUGUCUGGUGAUAUAUAUUUUUGUUGCCAUACUGUGCAGCAUUUUAGGCAAAGUACUAACAUAUCCAUGAAGAAAAGGAGAAAAAAGCAUUCUCCAUCAGAAAGGUUACAUUGUAAAGCUUUAGUAAUAUUAUCUAAAUCAAUCAAUAAGAUUAUUUUAACAUUAUGGGUAACGCAGUACAGGUAUACAUGUUCAGGGAGAAUGGUGUUGAGUUGACCUUUAUACAGGAUUGUUUAUGGAGUACUGGAUUUGAAGGCUCAGAAUCAGAUUUUAUUUUCUGCCUGUAUUUGUUUGAACUAUGAGAUGUCCUCAGUCUACUUCUCUAACUUAACUUCUGACUUAACAGUGUUUCAUGUGCUGUGUAACUGUCGACCAUAAUAAUGUCCUCAAUGUCAUUUAAUACAGACAUGGACUCACAUCUGAACGGAACUGGUCAGGAUUAUAACACUAAAGAAAAGGAGACUAAAUAUCUGUCUGUGUAUUGCUAUGAACUGCAGUGAUUUGAAGUUUGUGCAAGCAGCUAAUGUUUUAGUUUCAUUUACACUGCUUUACUUCUCAGUGCACUAAGGAAUGGAGAACAAAAGUGUUUGUGCCCUCUGCUGGCCACUGUGGCAUUGUGGAUUUUUCCCAUACGUCUGUUCUAGAUCAUUUUAAGCACUAAAUUUAUUGUAAAAUACCUGCGCUAUAGUGCUCAAGAAAGCCUGACAACUGUAUAAACAUGCAAUCUCUAAUCUAGUAAUUCAAUAAAAAUAAAACCAUAUUUUCCUUAACUGCUGCUGUCCAAGGAGCCUUUAAAUAAACUAAAAAUGCUGAAUGCUACUGCUACUUUGAUAUUAGACAAAUAACACAGGGCUAAAUGAUUAAAGAUCAUUUAUAAAAUUGUAAAUUAUUAUGAUUUAUUUGAUUAUCAUUAUUAUGUUUUUACAAUUGCUGGACAAUUGUAACAUGUUUCUGUGAAGAGGUAUUUUUAUAUUGAAAAGUUGUUUUUUCCUAUGUCGUUUUGUUUGAGAUUUGAGAUAGAAAUGGUAAGUCUUGAUACCUACAAAAUGACAUAAGCAGUGUGCAUUUUAGAUUUCUCAGUAAAACAGAUGUGUGUACUGUUUAAAACAAUAUAUAUUUUGUUUUGGAUUUUCUGUUCAAUCCAAUAAACCAAGAGACAUGAUACCUCAAUGUGUCUGUG